AUGGUCACCCUGAACCAGUUUAUCUCCGUCGAAGACAACAAGGACAAUAUUUCAUUAGAUGAUUUUUCAAAUAUUGGACCAAAUAUUACCACAAUGUCGCCAAAGGAAACAGGAGGAGACGACACCGGAAAUGACGUAAAAUUGGAUAUGUCCGAUCCCGAGACAUUUUCGGUUCCCAGUUCAACAUUACUUCCGUCUGCGGUGGGUGAGAAGGGUCCUGGAUUGUUGCCUAAUGCUACCACAGUGACCGAGGCUACGGAACCACCUCCAAUAGAACCUGUGGUGUUUCCGGAUUACACGUAUGAGAUAGGGCAAGUAGCAAAAAUGCGCUGCAAGGUUAACCGUAUGCAGAUGUGGGACAGUAUAACUAUGAACGGGACCAAAGACAUUCCGGAAUUAGACAAACCAUUUCAUUUUAUGCUGUUAAGUAACAACGAAACCCGUCUUAAUACCAACGACAGUCGCAUAACGUCAGAAGUAACCAUCAAGCAGACCCGGAGCCCGUCAGCCAAGUACGAUGACAUCGAAGUGCUGAUCCACUUCAGUGAGAUUGAGUGCCAGGAUAUGGGGAGUUACGAGUGUUGGGUAGACGGACCGACGAUUUACAAAGUGACCAACACACUGACCGUAAAACGAUACCCUAAGAGUAAACCGAUCUUAGAAAUUCCAUUCGCAAUCAUCGAGAACAGGCCCAUAUCAAUUAAAGGCCGCUGGAGUAGCGGAUUUCCAGAAAGCUACGGAGAACUGAGUUGGUACAUAAUUCCUCCCGGAUCCGAUCGGGAAAACCCCUGGACGGAGGCCAAGAGCACCGACAAUUCUAAAGAUUGCGACAACGAGGCUGCCAGCAUCAUUAACCUGGAACCAACAUUGGAGUUGAACAGAACAAAGAUAAAGAUUCAGCCUCACUUCUUUCCUCAGUAUCUAGAAGAGGCUCAAAAAUACAAAGUGGAAUCUGUAAUCCAAGAAAUCUUAGUUGUUCCUGCAAACUAUUGCGAUGGGAAAGAGAAGAACAUGAAACUGGUUCACCCUUACACUUGUAGACUAUUCAUAACGUGUACAGACAAAAUCAACAUAUAUGAGUGUCCAAAAGAGACCACGUGUUUUGAUGAGAAGAUCGGAAGUUGUGAAUGA